CGUCUGUUUAACAUCGCUUUGCUUUGAGGGAAGAUAGGAAUAUGGCAGACCAACAACAGAACAAUGUUCUCUCAGCCGUAUUUCCGGCUCCAGCGCCAUUUUACAAGUAUUUUACCCCCGCGAACCUAGCCCGGCUGGAGGAAUACCGGCGAGCACACGAGACCAAACGCGCGUCAGACGAGACCUCCGAAGCUCUGACUACGAGCGAUCAGCACGUCGAUAUCGCAGAUCUUUCUCCAGAGCUUCGAUUUCUUAUCCCACCCGAGCCUCCAGCCGACGGUGUCUAUCGGAGCUUUGGAGACAUAUAUAAUAUCAAUGACAUACUUCCAUCGCUCAGCGACCAAGGCAUCGAGCAAUUAUAUCCAUCGCACUCGUCUCAGCAACCGCAGUCUCCUCAAGACUCCACUACCCAUUCGGCUUGGACAUUUGAUCACACAUUCUACUUGCGAAAACUCGCGAAAUCGCUCUUGCUCAACUUUUUAGAGCUUGUGGGAACGCUCUCUAUCGCGCCGGACCAAUAUGGACGCAAAAUCGAGGAUUUGCGGACACUCUUCAUCAAUUCUCAUCAUCUCAUCAAUGAGUACAGGCCUCAUCAGGCGAGAGAGAGCUUAAUCACAAUGAUGGAAGAACAGCUAGAAAGCAGCAAGAAAGAGACAGAGGGAGUACGAAAGAUGAAGGAGAAGGUGGAAGAAGUCCUGCGGCAACUGGCAUCAGGAGAGUUGGAUCUGGCAGACACUGCAGCUCCUAGCGAUCAGAAGGAAGGAGAAAGAUCGAAGGCAGAUCUCGAUGAGCAAAGAAAUAUAUGGGCUGCCUUGGAGGUUGAACCAGGCCCCUGAAUAAGCCACCCUGCAACGAGCCAUUUUACUUGCAUCUAUGGAACACACUGCCGCGUUGUGUUAGGACCUGUGGUUACUCUUGCGGACAGUCAAGAAUUCAUCCUGUCGCCUUAUCCCACACCGAAUAAAUUAUGGCGUGUAUGGAGUGUGACAGGGGCUUUAAAGCUUAUCUUCAUGCUCAGGAGCUGCAACUCUCCGCUGCCAUCCCGCGAAGGGGAAACCCUCCACACGUCAAGUCAUAUGCAUUCAGCUAUUCAUGCCUAGCAUCUGAGGAUGCUCAAACAACGGCAUCCAAUGGCAUCCAAUGCAGCGCGUCAAGAAGUGCCUUUCUUCAAGAUAUUGUUCAUCAGACUAUGCAUUAAGCAUUAAAUAGAGAUUUGAUCUGCGGAUCAUCAAUUAGUCUAUGUCUCUCAUAUAUACCUAGAGAACUCGCGCAUUAGAUAAAGUAGCUGUCACAGCGGCACACGCC